GUCUCUUCCGACCCCAUGGAGCUAUAUGAGACAUCCCCCUACUUCUACCAGGAACCCCACUUCUAUGACGGGGAGAACUACCUGCCCGUCCACCUCCAGGCCUUCGAGCCGCCAGGCUACGAGCGGACUGAGCUCAGCCUGAGCCCUGAGGCCCGAGGGCCCCUCGAAGACAAGGGGCUGGGGACCCCCGAGCACUGCCUGGGCCAGUGCCUGCCGUGGGCCUGCAAGGUGUGUAAGAGGAAGUCGGUGUCCGUGGACCGGCGGCGUGCGGCCACACUGAGGGAGAAGCGCAGGCUCAAGAAGGUGAAUGAGGCCUUUGAGGCUCUGAAGAGGAGCACCCUGCUCAACCCCAACCAGCGGCUGCCCAAGGUGGAGAUCCUGCGCAGCGCUAUCCAGUACAUUGAGCGCCUACAGGCCCUGCUCAGCUCCCUCAACCAGGAAGAGCGUGACCUCCGGUACCGGGGCGGGGGCGGGCCCCAGCCAGGGGUGCCCAGUGAAUGCAGCUCCCACAGCGCCUCCUGCAGUCCAGAGUGGGGCAGCACAUUGGAGUUUGGUCCCAACACAGGGGAUCACCUGCUCACGGCCGACCCCACGGACGCCCACAACCUGCACUCUCUCACCUCCAUUGUGGACAGCAUCACAGUGGAAGACGUCUCUGUGGCCUUCCCAGAUGAAACCAUGCCCAACUGAGAUUGUCUGCCAGGCCGGGCGUCCAUGAGAGCCCCCACGCUGGCCACAGAUGCCACCGUCCCCGCAGCAGGGGCUUCCUCAGCCAGGCUGUCCUGAUGCCAGA